UUUGCUAGAGGUGCCCUGAAAGAUUCUCAGCAAAGCUGGCAUCUGAUGUCCAUAAAGCACUGUGAUAGAAGGCUGUUCCUUUCUACUCCAUAGAGCUUUCCUCCAGCUACCUGCCCAACCACUCCGGUUUAGCCAGCCAUGCUUAUCCUGACCUGUCCUUCCAAGUUACAGCUACUAGAGGGUGUGCUGCGAAGGAGCCUGCCACAAACACUUACGGCCUAUGGAGCAGUGAUGCACAUCAACCGGGGAAACCCAGCUCAGCAUGAAGUAAUGGUGGACUCUUGGCCAGAAUUUAAGGCUAUUCUUACACGCCCAUGUAAAGAGGAAGUGAAAGAUAAGUGGGACUUCUAUGCCAACUUGCAUGCCACUUUCUAUAGAGAUGUAGAUGCUUGUCGUGCAAUGCUGGAAAACACAGAGGUCAUUGACUGGAGCAAGGCCUUUCAACUGCACGGCCUCCAGGAUGGGAUGUAUGAAGUAGCUAGAGAUAUUGCAAAAACAAGACAUGUCCACCUGGAAUCAUAUCUGUAUCAGACGUUUCUACAUCCAGAUCUACCUGCCUCCUGUCAGAACCGGCUGAAAAGUGACUUUCUCCACUUUGGUAAACUCAUGCCAUCACAUGCAGCCAUACUCAAUGAAGUCUGGGCCUCUGGAGGCAACAGUCGAAGCUUGCGCUAUUUGGAGAGUCUGAUCCAUCGCUUCCCUCAUGCCUGCCUCAUGGACAAAGAAGGGCAACUGGUCUCCUGGAGUCUUAGUGAUCCACUUGCUUGCCUGACACAUGGCUAUACCUUCCCUCAGUACCGGGAUCAGGGCUGUGCAGGAGCUGUUCUACAGUCAGUAUCAGAAAAACUGCAUGCUAGGGGGUUCCCACUGUAUUGUGGUAUCCUGCCAGAGAACCAGCCUUCCAAGCAGGCAGUGAAACGUCAGGGCUUCCAGCUGCUCCCUGAGACAUAUUACACACUUAUUGUAACACCAGCCCUUGACCUCAAAGAACAGGAGACUUAACCUUUCUCUUCCAGAACUAGGGUUCUUUAGGAAGGGGAAAAAAAUAAGGCAUAGCAGCUAAGAUUUGCAGCCAAAUUCAAUGCCUGUUCUGAAUAAUAUUCAACUGUGUUUUUUUUAAGCAUAGGUUGGUUUUCCUUUUUUAUACCUCACAACAACACUAAGAUAUAUGUAUUCUUGAGAAACAGUCCAAAAUAGAAAAAGUGUGUCUUCCCCCAUUGCCUUCCAUAAAUGGUGCCUUCGCUAUAACCAACCUCAAACAAAUAUCCAGCUCCACAAGUAUCAUGGCCCAUCACUCUGCAUAGAGAUAUCCCUUUUGGCGCACAGUCUAAUAUAGAUUAUUUCUGGGGUAGAACAUAAUGGCUCUCAAAAUUUUAGCAUCAAAAGGGAAGCAAAGGAACGAAAAUGUCUGUUCAAGAUGAAGUUUCAGUCUAGAUAGGUAGAGAAGAAGAAUUUUGGAUUUAUACCCUGUUUUUUUCAACCAUAGGUUAAGUGACCAGAUUUUCACCUUUUUAAAG